CCUCACUGGUUGGCUACUUUCACAAUCCGGGUCGAAUGAACAGUAUGUUUGACAUAGGCUGCACAUCAAAAAUACAAGAGGUAUCUGGCAUAAUUUAGCUCUAAUAAUUAUGUUAACAUAACGACUAUCAUUUUCAAUACAUUUGGUUAAUAUAUUUACUUGAUGAUCUCUAGGCCUAUAAUCAAUAAAUCCUGACAUUUCCAAUAAUUAUUUUGAAUCUCACAACUCAAAUGAAGACCGGAGGUAAACAAGGCUUCAGCACACUAACCACCUUCAUCUUUUCGUAGUGUGCUGCCUCAGUCCGAACGUAAUAACCUGGUGACAACGAGGUUACUGCAUGGGAGGAAACGGAGAAGGAACGGGGAAAUAACGGACCAGUAACUCCAUCUGUGCGUUGGGCUGGAGAACAUUAGCAAGCAGCAGCAACAGCCCUGUACGAGGUCUCUACCCGGUGUCUGUCAUUACAAGCUGUGAGUAGCUAAUACAAGCUGCGCGCGCUCCGCAUCUCCGCUCUAUCCGGCCCUUUUCACUCAAGGCAUUCUCUGUGCGCACGUUACCAUGUAGCCAGACGCACAGAGUCGUUCCGCAUACAUCUAUUUGUUUUCUUGCGUAGACACAUUUUCAACGAUCUCGAUCUUUUUUACAAUUUAUUUCAGCAUGAUGGCAAAUGAUCAAAGGUUGGUUAUUUUGAAAGGUGAAUUCAAAUGGCAGAGAGCUGUCAAACCUCGUUUCGGCUGAACGUGUUGGAGAGGUGUUUGAGAAGCUUUCAUAGUGGGAAAUGAAGACCCAUUGAACUCAGAUAAACGGAAUAAAGUUUAACAUUGGAUUAUAUUUAAUCGAUUUUAAAGGUGGGAUGUCAUAGUCAGAGUUCCUUGGAUAUCUGAGAGACAUUGAGGAACCACCAGAGCCACCAUGGACUCCUGGGUGUUCCCCUCCACGCUCCCCAACAUAACCGAAGAACCCCUGAUGUACGACAGCUUUAUUCUGGGCAACGAGUCAACGGAACCCAAUGGUACCUAUAUGGGCGACAACACGUUCAACCAGACCAGCACCAUGGUCAUCACCUUCCUCUACUUCCUGGUGUGUGGUAUCGGUCUCUGUGGCAACGCCCUUGUGAUCUACGUCAUCCUGCGCUACGCCAAGAUGAAGACGGUCACGAAUAUUUACAUCAUGAAUUUGGCAGUCGCAGAUGUUCUGUUCAUGUUGGGGUUACCGUUCAUCGCCAUUCAGCUGGCGCUGGUCCACUGGCCGUUCGGUGCGGUGCUGUGCCGCGUGGUCAUGACCGUGGACUCACUCAACCAGUUCACCUCCAUCUUCUGCCUUAUGGUCAUGAGCAUCGACCGCUACCUGGCCGUGGUGCACCCCAUCCGGUCCACCAAGUGGCGCAAGCCACGUAUGGCCAAGACCAUCAACCUGGCGGUGUGGGGGGUGUCACUCCUGGUCAACCUGCCUAUCAUAAUCUACAGCGGUUUAAUCACCAAGCACAACAGUUGCUUCUGUACCAUCGUGUGGCCGGAGCCUGAGGAGGCCUACUACACCGCCUUCAUGUUCUACACCUUCGUCCUGGGUUUCUUCCUCCCGCUCAUGGUCAUCUGCCUGUGUUACCUUCUCAUCAUCAUUAAGGUGAAGUCGUCAGGGAUCCGUGUCGGGUCCACUAAGAGGAAGCGCUCGGAGAGGAAGGUGACCCGCAUGGUGUCCAUCGUGGUUGCCGUGUUCGUCUUCUGCUGGCUGCCCUUCUAUGUCUUCAAUGUGACGUCGGUGACAGGAACCAUCUCCACCACGCCCUUCCUGAGGAGCACCUUUGCCUUCGUGGUUGUCCUGGGUUACGCCAACUCGUGUGCCAACCCCAUCCUUUACGCGUUCCUGUCGGAGAACUUCAAGAAGAGCUUCCAGAACGUUCUGUGUCGGAAGAAGGUGGGCGGCCUGGAUGUGAUUGAGCGCAGCGACAGCAAGCAGGACAAGUCGCGCAUGAUGAAUGACCCCACGGAGACUCAAAGCACGCUGCUCAAUGGAGACCUGCAGACCAGCAUUUGAUGCUUGUUAAUUCUAACGCAUCCCAUAUGUGUGAUCUAUACAGACAUCUUUGAUUUCACAUCAACUCUCCCUCACCCUCACAAGCUCAUCACACACAAACAAAUACAAAACACACACACACACACACACACACACACACACACACACACACACACACACACACACACACACACACACACACACACACACACACACACACGUGUUUCUGCAGGUGGAAUUGGUCAUCCUGACCUGUUAUCAUGCCCUAUGAACAGCUCACAUAUGGAGAGUGAUUGUAGUUUAUCUCAUGGUGUGAUAUUUUGUAAGCAUUUUCUUCUCCCUGUGGACGAGGUGAAAAAAUGCCAAAGGAACUAAGCCCUCAUGGUGUCUGCUCCUCAACGGCUGGUAUCACGUUCUUUAUGUCUCAUAUCUCUGUUUACCAACUCUCUCUUUACUUUCUCAAAAGACAUACAAUGACAUGACAUUGGGUUUUCCUGGUCGUAAAACCCAUACAUUGUGAUAUAUUCAUAAAGGAGAGAAUACUAACUGUAGUUGUGACUUUGCUUUCUGGUGUUUGGGUGGAAAGCUGAAGACGUGUACUGAGUGUAUUGACGCUAGUAGAUAGUGACAGGAUCAUGUGAGGACCAGAACAGGGUUGUGUUCAUUAGGCCCCAAAUGGAAGAAAAGGGACUGAAACCGGGAAGUGCUACCUGAACUUGUCUAAUAAGAAACAUGUGUUUUCCUCUGCAGAGCAUUUUGACAUGUUGUGUCCUGAUAAGUCCUAGACCGUUACCUACGGUUACUGAUUGACAGCAGAUGAGACUUAACCAUGGAGAACAAGGAUUCCCUGCACAUACGUUUACACUAGCAGGGAGAACCUCCACCUCAAUCUGUAUCUUUGUCACAUUGUCCUGUAGCCGAGAUAAAUAACAGACUAGGACGUAGGAAGUAUGCCAAAGUGAGACUAGGACUAUAGCAGACUCACUGUGUGCGUAUUGUCUGUUUACAAAGAUUGUGUGUCCAAAAUGGUGGGCUCUGCAGAAUGUGGAAUUAGUAACAUGCCUCUAUUCUUAGAUAGAGUAUUACUUAACACAACAGUGAGCAGCAGGCCACAUCACCUCUGGAUCAUUACACCAAGGUGUAGUUUGGUUAUCUAAUGACUUACUACAGAGAGAGGAGGAACAGUAGAGAUACUGGAACUACUUUGAAAUGACAUAAAAACACAUGAUAUCCCAAAUGGUUAAGUUGCAAGCACAAGCCCUGCUGAGACCGAUGCUGUCCAAAUAUGGACUCUGUAAAGUCGGUUUAACGUUAUGGUUGACCUUAGUGCUUCUUUUUUUAAUCUCAGAAAGACACAUAUUUGCUGUGGACAAAUAUUCAGCAGUGAGUCAUGGACCAACAGCAAAGAGCUGAACAGAGUUACAGAGUUGGAAUCACAUGACCUAAUGAUGCCUCUAUGAAUGCACCCUUACUAUGUAGUUGAACAGUUUCUCUCUGUGUGUGUGAGAGAGUGAGUGUGUGUGUGUACACGUGUGUGUGUACUGUACAUACAGUGUUUUAUUUGAUACAGCAUUCAGUCCAAGGCCAUGAUUUGUUAAAGUGUAGAAUGAGUAGAUAUUGUACCCAAUAUGGAUACCAGGUGACCUCACCAGGAAAAACUCAAGGCCCAAAUUAUUAUUCUAUCCCAGAGUGUUUCUUGGUUGGGUUAUUAUUAUUAUUAUAGCCCCGUGUUUCUUGGUCAGGUCACAUGAGCAGAAAGGGUGCAGAGUCCUACUAUAGAGAGGAAUGCUGACAUGUUGUUAUAUUGACGAUAUUAGCAUGGCAUCGACCAAGGCUAAUCACUAACCAGACUGCUGCUAGACUCUAUAGACUCCAACGUGUGCUGUAAUUGUCAAGUCAACAUUGUUAUGUCGUGGUUGAGAAUCAAUUUAUUCAUUUUUUGUCUAAGCUGAAUAGAACUGUUUGGUAGUUUAGAUAGCAAAGACAAUGCAUUUUUCAAUCACUAUUGUCCAGUCCGAUUUGAAACCAUCACGUCACGUUUCACGUCAUUCAUAAAUUGUUGCUCUUGCUUUUAUGUUGCUGUUACAGAAUAAUGUCCAAGAAAGACCAGUCUUUGCUUCAGCAGGUAUUGAAUAAUGUAGUGUUCUUCAUUGCUGAAAAUUAAGCAGCGCUAACCUGUUUCUCUGUCAAGCAACAUUUCUUCAAAGCCCAAAGAACAAAUCCACAGUCUGAUCAGUUACAGAUCAAAAUGGCAGUUGUCAAAAACACUGCAGGUCAUGCUACAAACACCGAUAAAUCUCUACCGCAUCGUGGAUUCAUUAUUUGAAAUAGUUACCCUUAGUUUGGCAGCUGUUUGACCUGCAACUGACCCACAUUUUAUAGCUGGUCUUCAGGCUUGCCGAGUCAUGUCGUGUUUGAAAUGCUGAGCUCAUCACAGGCUACCCAGGCCUAGGGCAGGACAAUCACCCACCUACCCCACACUGUCUGUGAGGUCAGCUCUGGCACGCUGGCAUAUGGAGCAUUACCACUGGGCACACACUGGUUCAAUCAAUGUUGUUUCCACGUCAUUUCAACGUGGAAUAGAUGUUGAAUUGACGUCUGUUCCCAGAGUGCUCUCGCUUUGGGAGGUCAGAGGUCACGCUGAGGCCUCCAGUCUGAGCAAUGUGAAUUUGAGAAGAGCUAGAAAACAUUGUACCCCUGAAGGGGUGCAGCAGUGUUCCUCCUACUACCCAUCAUCAUCAUCAUCAUCACUCCCUUCCCCUACUCCCUAAAUCUCACAGGUAUAACCUGUGGAUGGAUCUAUGCCUAUAUAGUAGUGUGUACUAUACUGUAGAUCUAGCUAGAACAGUCAGUAUACAGCCUUCUCGUCAUAAAGGGUCACCUGACACAAAGUUCGUCAUAGACAUGCUGCCCAAUUUGCCUUAGUUUGUCCCCUGUUCAGGCUCUGGCGCCACACUCCUAUGUGCGUGUGUGUGUGUGUGUGUGUGUGUGUGUCUGUGUUCGUCUGCCAUGCAUGAGUGCGUGUGUGUUUUGUGGGAAUGCUAUGUGUGUGUUUUGUGUAUCUAUACAUGUUUCUGUGUGUGUGUGCGCGUGUGUGUGUGACAAAACAAGCCUCCCACCCCUAGGCCUCAGCAUCCCAUCCUCCAUUCUGUCUCCUGAACAAGAGAAGCGUACAGUAUGAGUGAUUCAACCCUCUCUUAACAGUCCUGAAGACACAUGAUGACUGUUUCAAAUACAUCCAACUCAGACAUUUCACUGAUGAGUUCUGGUAGGUUCUUUUAUAUAUAUGACAUACAUACUGUACAUACACACACUGGACAGUUUAUUAGGUACACCUCCAUGUUCACAUGGCUUGCUAUAUAAAACCAAAAGCCAGGCACAAAGGUAUUCAGUUACUGUUUGAUUGAAUGUUAGAACAGGCAAAACAAGUGACCUAAGCAUCUUUGAGCGCGGUAUGAUCGUUGGUGCCAGGUGCGGCGAAUCUGGUAUCUCCGAAACAUUCGCCCUCCUGGGCUUUUCACACCCGACAGUGUCUAGGGUGUAUCGAGAAUGGUGCGACAAUCAAAACACAUCCAGUCAGCGGCCGUCCUGUGGGCCAACACAGCUCGUUGAUGACAUCUGCAACAUUGAAUUAGUAAUUACAACAUUUCAUUUUAAAGGAUUUAUUUGGCUGUGUUUACACAGUCACACAAUUAGGAUAUUUUUCCCCAAUAAUUUGUCUUUUGACCAAUCACAUCAAAUCUUCUCACAUCAAAAGACCAAUUAGAGAAAAAAAGAUCACAAUUGGGGUGACUGUGUAAACACAGCAUCAGUAGCCUUGUCCAGAUAAUGCAUGCAUUUCUGCCAAACCCCUCUGACACUCAAUGUUGUCUUGUCAUGCCGUACAUGACAAACACAGUCAGAGAAGUUGGCUUAAGCACAUAGAGCUCUGUCCACAGCUACAUCAACAGGUAGAAAGAACCGUUAUAUAAACCACCGGAGGUUGGUGGCACCUUAAUUGGGGAGAACUGGCAUGUGGUAACGACUGGAGCGGAAUUAGUGGAACGGUAUUAAAUACAUCAAACACAUGGUCUCCAGGUGCCAUUGAUGCCAUUCCAUUUGUUCUGUUCCAACCAUGAUUAUGAGCCGCUCUCCCCUCAGCAGCCUCCUAUGAUAUAAACUAAUGUAUUGGAUUGUCUUUACAUUUUGAAUAUCAUCACAUUUUAUUUGGAAUUGACAGAGCAGUGGUUCCCAAUACUGUUACGUGUGAAGAAGAGCACAGGCUCCAUAAUCUGGCUUCAACCUCCAUUAUGAGUGGCCGCUGUAUCUCUGCUUCGCGAAAAACUUUUUCAUAGCUUUUUUGACUAUUUAAAAAUCUGACCAUGGCUUUUUUUAAACUUUUUUUUUUUACAUUUCUCAUGCUUAUUAGACUUCAUUUGAGAUUACAGUAUUACAUGCUGUUGUUCGUUUACAACCUGCAGUGGGUAAUAUAUUAGGACAGCAGCACAUUUUCAUCCAACCAUGGCACCCUGGCUUGGCUACAUUGUCUGUAGACCUUACAGAAUGGGGACAAUGACUACACAUCCUACAAGUGCUGACGUAAAUUGAUAUGUUAUUAGCUAUACAGCUAUACAGUUUCAGGCUGUUGUAGGACUGUUGCAAAUAGUUAGCCAAAAUUGUUAUUGUGAUAUAAAAGGGCAACUCUAGCCUCCAUUCACUAUCUGUGUCCAUUACUACUAUUAUGCUCAGUAGAUAGAAGUUGCCGGCUGCUAUGGAUGAUGGUUGAUUAUCUUACGUUGACCAUACUAGGACAUGCUCCCGUCCAUACUAGGACAUGCUCCCGUCCAUACUAGGACAUGCUCCCGUCCAUACUAGGACAUGCUCCCGUCCAUACUAGGACAUGCUCCCGUCCAUACUAGGACAUGCUCCCGUCCAUACUAGGACAUGCUCCCGUCCAUACUAGGACAUGCUCCCGUCCAUACUAGGACAUGCUCCCGUCCAUACUAGGACAUGCUCCCGUCCAUACUAGGACAUGCUCCCGUCCAUACUAGGACAUGAUCCCGUCCAUACUAGGACAUGCUCCCGUCCAUACUAGGACAUGCUCCCGUCCAUACUAGGACAUGCUCCCGUCCAUAUUAGGACAUGCUCCCGUCCAUACUAGGACAUGCUCCCGUCCAUACUAGGACAUGCUCCUGUGCAUAUUAGGACAGCUUCCUAAUAGGACAAUGUAUCACCUACCCUCAAGCAUUACCACCAAGGGAGACAAGAUCUGACCCUGUAUCAGUGGUUAGGGACAACUUCUACCCACUCCACUCUUCUCAACUAGAGUCUGUUGCUGAAUGGUUUCAUUUGUUUGCCUCUGUACAAGGAAUUAGUGUUGCUCAGGGGCAUUCUCUCGCUCUGAUUCCAUUUUACCAUUAUGUCUUGUUUUUGUACAAAAUAUAUAUUUAGCAUUGUUAAUAUUAUUGCUGUUCCUUAGAAAUAUUGUUCCUUUGUUUGCUCAUAAAAUAUUGCAGUUGCA